AUGGGCAAGAAACCAGCAGGUCCCGCCUACGUCCUUGGCGUUGGCAUGACCAAGUUCAUCAAGCCCCGAGGCAAGGUUGACUACAAUGAGCUCGGAUUUGAGGCCGGUGUCAAGGCCAUGUUGGACGCUAAGAUCAACUACGACGAGGUUGACCAGGGUGUUGCUUGCUACGUCUACGGCGACAGCACUUGCGGACAGCGUGUGUUCUACCAAUUCGGCCUGACCCAAAUUCCUGUCUACAAUGUCAACAACAACUGCUCGACCGGCUCAACUGGUCUUGCGAUGGCCCGCACCCUCGUCUCCCACGGCGCGGCCGACUGCGUCCUCGUCGUUGGUUUCGAAAAGAUGAGCCCCGGAUCUCUGCAGUCGGUCUACAACGACCGCGCCAACCCCACCGGCCUGCUCGGUAUGAUGAUGGCCGAGACUCGCGGUAUCACCAACGCCCCCGGUGCCGCUCAGAUGUUCGGUAACGCGGGUCGCGAAUACAUUGAGAAGUACGGCGCCAAACCCGAAGACUUUGCCGAAAUCGCCCGUGUCAACCACGAACACUCCAAGCGCAACCCAUACUCCCAGUUCCAGGAUGAGUACACUCUCGAGCAGGUUUUGAAGUCUCCGAUGAUCCACGAGCCCCUCACCAAGCUUCAGUGCUGCCCUACAUCCGACGGUGCCGCCGCCACCGUUGUUGUCUCCCAGGAGUUCUUGGAUGCUCGACCCCAACUUAAGGACCAGGCUAUUCUCAUUGCCGGUCAACAGCUUGCCACAGAUAACAACACUCUGUACAACCAGAGCUCCAUUGACCUUAUGGGAUUCGGCAUGGCACGGGAUGCAUGCCGCGCUGCCAUUGCCGAAGCCGGUGUGAACGUCAAAGACAUCAAAGUAUGCGAGCUGCACGACUGCUUCUCGGCCAACGAGAUGAUCACAAUUGAUGCCCUUGAGCUCAGCGAGCCCGGCAAGGCGCAUGAAAUGGUUGCCAAGGGUGACAUCACUUAUGGCGGCAAGAUGGUUAUCAACCCAUCAGGCGGCCUUAUUUCCAAGGGCCACCCGCUCGGCGCAACCGGUCUGGCACAAUGCACAGAACUUGUCUGGCACCUCCGUGGCUGGGCCAACAACCGCUUGGUCCCGGGAACCGACGCCUGCCUGCAGCAUAACCUGGGUCUGGGUGGCGCGGUUGUUGUGACCGUCUACAAGCGCGCAGACGGCAAGGUUGCCCAGCCCGUUCCAUCAGCGGAUAUCGCAAGAAUUACUGGUCUCGGUUACAACCCGGCCGUCGAGGCCAAGGGCUUCACGGCUGAGCAGGCCAAGCUGGUUCUCAGCAAGACCGCGUCCGAUUCAUGGGCGUUGGCUGACGCGCAAGAGAAGGUUAUCGCGCGUUUCUAG